AUGGCGGCUCACAGUAUUCCGCUCAACACCCUCAAGCAGUGUCUCCAGUUCCUGGGGUGGUUGCAUAGCAGGCAAGGAAAAAAGGUGCAAACCCAGGUGGCCAACGCUCUGCAUGAGCGUCUUAAAGGUAAAUACCAAGACGUUAGUGAGUCGCAAAUUGCGUCGGCACUAUCUAAUUUCCUUAGCAGCGUGUCCAAGUUUCAUAAGAAUUUGUGGAAUAAUACAACCGCUAUAUAUAAUGGCAAUCAAGAUCCUACCGCCGUACUAGAUGCUCUUUUAGAAUGCAUUCCCAUGUUCCUAGCCGUGAUGUACUUUCUGCGCUACCAGGUGGAUGCAAACUUUGCGGCGCUGGGUGGAGGGAAGUGGGCGGACAAACCAGUUGGUGGAAGUGCAUUCAUUGGCCGUGAACUGCAGGCAUAUUUCACUGCACCAUCCAGAUCUAAAACGUAUGGCAUAAUCCCUGGCGGUUUCCGUAAACAAGAGUUGAAACGUCUCUACCGCCAGGGUUCUUUUAUGGCCAAUGACCUUGAACAAAUUUGUCAAAAACAUAAUAUUGGCCUAAAUGUUUUCCUCGACGUUUUCUCCACUUCAGUGUUGCCCCAAAAUUCCGGCACCCAGGACUCAAAUACAGCCAACGCCCUGGCGUUGGUGAGAACGCUUUGCGAGAUAGUUGGAGAAGAAAAAGAUGGCGGCGGCGAGUUAAUAACAAAAUUAAAUGAGCAUUUCAAAAACAAGCAAAAUCGCAUUUGUUGGAAUAAUUUAAAAGCACAUUGUGAGAAGCUUAAAUCUGAAUUUAGCAAUAUUUUCGCCGACCGAUGUUUUUCAUUCACUGGCUUCGGUAGGGAGGUGAAAGACCUUAAGAAAGAAGAAUUUGGGAAGGAGGCGGCGGAUUGGUUGCGAAGAAAUUUGGAGAAGGUGCGGGGGAAUUUGGAGAAGAUUGAAACAGAUAACACAAUGAAAUAUACUGCAGAAUAUUUCACUAAACAUCUCUUCACAUAUGGCUUUACAUUUUAUGGCACCAACAUUGGGACGGGAAAAGAUCCGCAUACAAUUCUGCAAGAGAAUUGGGCUGAUGUAAUUAAUGAGCUUCGUAAACCCAGUGAAGGAUUGGAUAGGCUUAAAACAAUUUUGGAUGGUCAGCAGUGUCCAGAAGAGUCUGACAAGAAAUCUGAAGGGAGUCCCAACCAGGGUAAGAAAUCCGAAGGGUCUCCAAACCAGGGUAAGAAAUCUGAGGGCGCACAGAACCAAGGCAAGAAAACGGAGGGAGCACAGAACCAGGGCAAGAAAUCUGAGGGAGCACAGAACCAGGGGAAGAAAGUGGAGGGAACUCCAAAUCAAAGCAAAGGUCAAAUUGACAUAAGUUCUUCAGGUUCACAAGAUAUAAAGUCUCUUGCUCCAGGUCCGUCUCCCGGUGGUCCAGGAGGUACAGGACAGCCAGGGUCUAAAGGUAAUAAGGGUGAUGCAGGCCCGCCAGGGUCUACUGGUCCAGUGACUCCGGCGUCUUCUCAGGUUCCAGCUCCGCCAGUUCAGAAUGCUGAUCAGACUCAACAACCUUCCCAACCGCCGCCAGCUCCCCCCCCUCCACCGCCUCCUCCCCCUCUUCCUGGAGGCGGUGUCAUCCCUCCUAAUUCAGUUCCCCCGGAUCAGGAUUCACCGGACAGUGUUUCUUCAGGCCAAAAGCCUACUGCCACUCCAGUCACAGUGUCUCCUCAGACUCCGGGUGUUUCACAUGCACAACCUGUGCCGACUGGUGAUAAGGGGGCUGGUCCACCAGGUGGUGGAGGGACAAGCAAGGCGGUGGUCAAGGCGCCAAGCAAAAUCGGUGGGAAGCCUGUACAAACUGAUGAAAACUGCCCUCGGUCGAAGGGAUAUAAGCAAAUUGAGCUUUGGCCUGGUAGAGGCAACUACUGUGUUAAGGAUUUUGAUUAUAAACAACAAGAAGCAGUUCAUAAGCAGUUUGAUGAACAAAUAAAAAAGGCGCAAAGCGAUAUCCAGGAACGCAAACGGCAGAGGGAAGAGAAACUCAGGCAGCAGAGGGAGGUAGAGGAGCGGAAAAGGGAAGCAAAGGAGGAACGCCGAAAGGAAGAUGAGCGUCGGAGGCAAGAGGAAGUGGAGGAAUCUAAACGUAAAUUAUUGCAGGGAAUGGAAAUGCGGACAAAAAUUCUCAACAAGCAUCCUGGCAGGCCAAUGUACCCUGGCGCUGAUCGAGUGGAGGAUGAAUUUAGAGAGAUACAUUUGAAAAGUCACCCAGGAACCAAGCUUACGACUGAUCAUCCAGGUACGAACGCUGUUAUUGUUGAGGAGGCGUCAGCAUCUGGCGCCAAAGGGAUUCCGAAAUCUACGUUGUCACACAAAUUCCCACCUAGUGACAUUCUUUUGGGCUAUCCGAUUAAGCCGCCGAAAUUGCCAAUGAAAUAUCCACCGGUGUCGCCGCAUGCUGUGCCGGCUUUCGCUGAUGUCCUCGAAGGCAUCGAUUUAACUAAAAAGAAACGCACGACCGAACGUCCAUCCGUGAUCACGUACAAUGAUAAUGCACCGAUGACGGCGCAAAUGGAUGUUGUCCCGAUAAACUACCCAUCGAACGUUACCGGUGGGAUAAUAAAACCGAACCCGAUAAAAUCCAGUCGGCUGAACUUCCAAGUGAUGUGA